AUUUAUAUACACCAAAGAGUGUAGAAGAGUUCUCUCACUCAAACAAAAAUCAAACAAUGGCUAAAGCAUGGAUCUGCCUUUCCUUCCUCAUCUUCCUCUACCUUGUCUCAGAACGAAACUUCAUCAACGUCAACGCAGAGACCAAGACUUGGUGUGUGGCUAAACCUUCUUCCGAUCAAGUAGCACUUCAAGAUAACAUAAACUUCGCAUGUUCUCAUGUUGAUUGUCGUGUUCUUUUGAGUGGAUGUCCAUGUUACUCCCCUAGUAACCUCAUCAACCAUGCAUCUAUCGCCAUGAAUCUUUAUUACCAAGCCAAUGGAAGAAACUAUUGGAACUGCAAUUUCAAGAACUCCGGACUCAUUACCAUAACUAAUCCGAGCUAUGGAAACUGCUACUAUGAAUAAACAUGAGCAAGAAAGGAAAAAAAAAAACCAUAUUUCUUACAAGCAAACAGAAGAGGAAUGUGUUUUCUUGUUGUUGCAAUGUUUAUGAGUUAUAAUUUAAAUUUCCAAAGUUCGCAGAUUUUGAUUAAUCAAAUUUGAUAACAUAAAAGCAAAAAAGAAAGUAUCCAACA